AUGGAAGAUCUGCGCGCUCCGAGUGGCGCCCCCGCCCCAGGCACGCCUCGCCCGCGCACUCGAGGCGCUCGCCGUCGACCGCCGACGCCGACGCCGCUGUCCGUAGGCUCCAAGCGACACAAGGAGUCGGCGUUCCCGGUGCUCUCGUCCGCCCUGCCGGCGCCCCGUCGGCCGGUAACAGCGGCGCAGCCUCCCACUGCCCAUGCAACUGCCAAAGCCCCAUCACUUCGAGGCGGGACGAGCGUCGGAGAGCGACGCUAUAAUGUGAAUAAUCCUACAGAAGACCGCCACUCCUCUCUCGGAGAGAGGCUCCAUGCCUCCGGGCUCAAGCGCAGCGUCGUCCAGGCGCAACUCUUCCCUGCUGUCAACGGGAAGCAGAACACGAGGCUUUCUGAGGGUCUAGUGCCUAGAAAACGUCGUGAAGGAGAUGGGUACGGCAACAACCAGAGUAUAGAUGAGACCAACCUGUGCUUUAAGCCCCUGGUGUCGUCGCUGAACGUGCAUCCGACGGGGGCAGUGCUGAUUCCGUCGCGGCCGACGUCUUCGGCGGCGACAGCUACGGCUUCGACACAGAGGAAAAGACUGCUGACGUCUGCGGGGGCGAAGACAGUGAGGGAGUACUCGGUUAAUGAGAGAGUGGUGCCGGAGAGAGAGCCCAUGAGUGCGAGAGAUCGAUACUAUGUUGACCAGCGAGCUACGACGGCACCUGGACAAAAGCAUCAUUUGAGACCGCCAGUGGUUUCUGGAGGGUAUGUUGGGGAAAGCGGAAGUGUGGAGGAUACGAGGAAAACAAACGAGACACCAGAAUCUGGGAUUAUUGCUGAGAACAGUAAUCAGAAAUACUGGGAUGAGCCAGCAGUUAGCGAUAGCCCACGCCGUGGUGAUCUACUUGCACGUCGCCAUGAGGUCAAGUCACUAGCAGAAAAACUAGUGGGCGGAUUUACGCAACGGAGCGAUUCUUCUAGUGCCGAGAGUGGUCCUGCGGUCGUGUACGGGCUAACUACUCCAAGUGGAGCUGUACCACGGGAUUCCUUCUUCUACAUGAGGCGGGUUGGGUCGAACCCGUACAAUUUGGAGGUCACAAACCACUCGCGCAUUAACCCAAAAGACUACUUCACGGUUAGCCGACUUGGUGUGACGCACUUUGCACCAGACGGAGUUGAGUUUCUCCCAUUGCAACGGUUUGAGCGUGAAAACUACAUCUACUCGCUCCUGAUCAAGGUAGGUGCGAGAAAGCGAGUCAACGCUUUCGUCUCCCUCAACAACAGCCUUUUCAUUUUAUUACCACACCUCCAUGACGCGCUUCUUCAGGUUCGAAGCGCGUGUCUCGAUCUCCAGGAAGCCAGAUUAUUCGAUUUUGAACAUCCAAUGGGGCCAGCAGAGAUUUCAACUUGGACAGCGGGCACAGACAGUGAACAACAGCAUCAGCCGCAGAGGACAUACACACUGGCUGAGUUUUCAUUACGCCUGAAAGCUCAAAAGACUCGAGUGGAGCGACUCGUUGACCACUUCAUUUCGGAUUCCGAAAUGACAGCGAAGCACGCGUGUGAGAAGUAUAUAUAUUCAUUUCUUCAGAGCACUGGUUUCAAUGACUCGACACCUACGGGGAACUCAGAGGAUAAACGAAGACGAUCAUCGACUCUAGCAUCUCGACGGAAGGGAAGCAAGAAAAGUCGUGACGAAGACAGUUCAGCUGAGCAGAAGCCGAUGACAUACACCGAACGAGCAACCAUGAGAACUCAAUGCCGUCGAAUCACCAAGUUUCUCCGCGUCGUCGAGUUUCUGGUCUCCGAUGCGCUGUUGCGGAUGGCGAUCUCAUCCACGGUUUUCCUGAAAAAAUCGCUCGUAACUUUUAUCCGUGAUAUUGACGACGACGGCGAUUUUUCAGGCGGUGAAAGUCCUCCCAACAAGCUUAACUUUUCAGCCCUGACCGACUUCACGGCUCAGCAGCCCCUGAUUCGUGUCGAGGUAGCGUUGAAAAGUGAUACUACAGGCCAAGCGGGUCGUUCUGGUCGCCCGCGAGCUACAAGGAUGAGCACCGUGUCUGGUGUAGCUCCUAAUAAUUCGGGUGACAAAAACAGCUCCGCUCCUACAUCUAUCAGGGGCCACGAAGUUCUGCUCGAGUCUGGGAAAGCUAUGGAUGUGCUUGAGUUCAAUCCCAGCACAGAAACGCUUCGGUUGCAGCUAGAAACAUUAGUUUUCAAUGGUUUAUCAGCCGUCACCAAUCGCGAGAGGCUCCUACGAAAUUCGAUGUUUAAAGUCUACGCAGGGGCAAGCCUAGAUGAUGGAUCUCAAGGUGGCGAUGGCGAUGACGAUGGCGGGGAGUUAUCAAGUGCAAGCAUGGACCUUGACAUACUGAUUAUGGAGGACGCUACAUUCGUUGAAACUCUGCAGAGCAUUAAUUCGAUUGUCCUCGAUGUCUUCGAACUUGCUGAGGAAAACUGUGGAGAACUUUCGAUAUUCCUCGAGCGAUAUCAAGAGAACACUCGGUUUUGCAAAGAGGUCUCAGACCCAGCACGCUAUCUAGACACUGACGUACAUGACUUUCGAGAACUUCUGGACAAAUAUAUACAGGAGGCACAGGAUGUCGACGCUGUUGCCGAAACCGCAUCAUGCGGUUUACUACUGUUGGAUAGGACGGGGUUGAACACGUUUCUGAAGCCUUCUCCUCGCAAGUGCUUGGACGGUCUUUAUAAACUGAUUCCAGUGGUUUUUCGCUUGCUGAAUGACAACCUCAUCAAAGAGUUGACUACCACGAACGACCGAAUCAGCACGAUCCCGACAACGGUAGAGGAGUUUUCAGAGUCGCUGGCAUAUUUGCGUGAAUUGCAGGCUGGCCAAGACGAAUUGGAGGAGAAGUGUCGUUGUGUUCGAAGCUUGUAUCAUCUGCUUGAAGAGUACCGCGUGAAGAUGACAGACACUGAUCAGAUGAACGCAUUUGUUCUCACGCAAAAGAAGUCGCAGCUGAUAGCUUCGAUAGAGCUUUUUGAAACGUGUUGUGAACAGUACUCUGCUAAGUUUGGCAUCGAGCUUGAGGCUCGGCUACCGGGGCUCGUCUCCAAGAUAACGACAGUCUCUGACGCGCUGUCUAACUCAUCCCUUUUCGACCUGACGUCUGAUAUUAACGACACCAUUAUCUACCUCACGCGUGUUGAGUCGGACAUCAUCCAGCUUGAAGCUGAUGUAAAGCUCCAUUUCCAGUACGAGAAGACUCUAGGUCUGCCGCAAAGCACUGCCUUUGAAGAGCUGGAUAAUCUAAAAGCCGAUUUGAAACUUAAAAUUGAGAUGUGGAAGAUGUUUCGAGAGUGGCGUGGCGUCGUGUCUGUAUGGGAGAAACAGCGAUUCCCAGAGGAGAUAGACUUCGCGAUGAUUGUUGACCAAGUCGAGCACUUUAACAGCCAAAUUACAAGGUGGGAACAACGGUUGUCGGAGGUUAUGGGGCCAUUAUGCGCACACUUGAAGUCUUGCGUGGAAGAAUAUCGGGUUACCAUGCCGAUUUUGACUGAUUUAAAAUGCGCAAGCUUCGAAGAGCGCCACUACAACCAGCUCCGCGAGCUACUUGGGUUUGGUAUCCGGCAACUGGAAGGUACAAGUCGCACAUCUGCAAACACACCAGUACUCACGUUGGGAGAGUUAGUUCAAAAGCAGCUCUCACCCUUCAGCUCCCAAAUCAACCGCAUCGCGACAGAAGCAGCGCAAGAACGGCUUCUGAAAGACAUGCUAUCAAAAAUCGUCGUAUUAUGGGAGCGGCUCGAAUUCGACGUCAAGCCGCACAAAGAAUCAAAAGAGUAUUAUGUCCUCGCAUCACUGGAGACCAUAUACACGACACUAGAGGAGUCCUUGGUGAGUAUGGCCACAGUGCUCAGCUCCAAGUUCCUGGCUCCGAUCAAAGAUUUGGCACUGAUGUGGCACAAACGCCUGCUAUUAUUUCAAGAAACAUUUGAUGCUUGGAUUGAAUGUCAAAGGCAGUGGAUACACCUCGAGACAAUUUUUUCGGCUCCCGAUAUUCAAAAACAGCUUCCGAAUGAAGGCGCUAUAUUCCUGGGAGUGAACCAGUUCUGGAAAGAUUUGAUGCGGAGAACUCGAGACCAGCGAGGCUGUUUGAAGGUCACCGGAGCCGUACUGAUUGGUAUUAAUGCUCCCAGUGGACCAAAACCUCAUAAAGACACUGGAAAUGGAAUUAUUAGUGGCGGGAGCAGUGGGGGUGUUGGUGUAGGGCAAGCGCUUUUAGACAGUCUUACAAAGCACAACGCCUCACUCGAACGGAUCGAGAAGUCCUUAGAAGACUACCUGGAAAUGAAACGGCGAGCAUUUCCCCGCUUCUAUUUCAUCUCAAAUGAUGAACUACUGGAAAUGCUGGCACACGCGAAGGAGCCGCAAGUUGUGCAGCGACACUUGCCGAAGUGUUUUGAUGCCUUGGUGAAGCUGGAUAUAAGUGACGAUGCCGUUCAUAGCUCAGGAACCUCCACAUCGGUGACGAGCUCACAGGAUAUCGUUGCUAUGAUCAGCCCCGAAGGAGAGCGCGUUGCAUUUGGACGAACGCUGAAAGCUCGUGGAAAUAUUGAAGACUGGCUGAACGCUGUGCUUGUCAACAUGAAAACUUCACUUCACCGGCACGUCAAAAUCUGCUUGGGGGACUAUCAGCAUUCGUCCCGUGAAACAUGGCUAUUCCGUCACCCCACGCAAGCAGUUGCUGUCGUGUCCUACAUUAUCUGGGCAAAAGAGUGCGAGUUUUGUUUACGUUCUCGAUCACAAGACCCUGUUCGCGAUUUAUCCCUCUGGCACCAGACUAUCUGCUCGCAGUUAAGUAACUUGACUAGGUUGGUGCGAACAUCGCUUACACCUGUCCAACGUCGAAUUGUGGUAUCUUUAGUGACGACAGAUGUCCACUUCCGUGAUAUUGUUGAGUCCUUGGUGGCCAAAAGGGUGGCAAAUGAAAACGAUUUCUUGUGGCAGCAGCAGCUUCGCUAUCAAUGGCAUACCGAAUAUGAUGAGUGCGAGAUCCAGCAAGCGAACUGCAGAAUCAAAUACGGAUACGAGUACAUGGGUGCGUGUAGCCGUCUCGUCAUCACACCUUUGACUGACCGCUGUUGGAUGACAAUUACUGGAGCGCUUGAGCUACGGUACGGUGCAGCUCCCUCUGGCCCCGCUGGAACGGGUAAGACGGAGACAUCGAAGGACCUCGCAAAAGCACUCGGCAUUUUGUGUAUCGUGAUCAACUGUAGCAGCCAGAUGAGCUGCAAAAUGAUGGGAAGCAUUUUUAACGGAGUGAUUCAAGCCGGGACGUGGGUGUGCUUGGACGAGUUCAAUCGUGUUGAUAUCGAAGUGCUAUCCGUGGUCGGCCAACAAAUGUCUGUGCUGAGGAAUGCGAGGUUGAUGGACGCCACAGACGUGAUGCUAGAUGGCCAAUGCGUUCCGCUGCGAGAACACCACGUUAUCAUCACAAUGAACCCAGGAUACGUUGGACGUACAGAGUUACCAGACAACUUGAAGGUCUCGUUCCGACCGGUUGCUAUGAUGGUGCCAGAUUACGCUCUAAUCGCUGAAAUCUUGCUCUUUGCGGAAGGAUUCCAAUUGGCGAAGCCCCUAUCACGCAAAGUCACGAAACUAUACAAACUUUGUAGUGAGCAGUUGUCCCAACAAGCUCACUAUGACUUUGGAAUGAGAGCAGUACGGACGGUUCUCACAAUGGCAGGCUCGCUCAAGCGCUCUGCAGCCGCGACCGUGGCCAAUGCACCUGGAGCCACCGCAGCGAAUGUAACAGCUCCUGAUGCAGCAAAUAGCGGUGACGAGAACAUUGUUUUGAUUAAGGCCAUGGUAGGCGCGAAUACGCCAAAGCUUACCGAUCAAGACAAUCGGUUGUUUCAAGGCAUUGUUAAAGAUCUCUUCCCAGACAUGCUUACGUCGCUGGGUGCUGUUGAAAGCGAAGAUCUUCUCCACGGAGUAGGAGUGUUCACCCCGUCUGCUGCACCCGGUGGUGUGGGCUGGAUGGCCGUGUUAGAAAAUGAAAUUUAUGAGCAGUUGCGACGUGAUGGUUUGCAGAGCCCUCGGCCGUGGAUGAAGAAGAUACUGCAAUUGUUUGCAACAUUGGAGGUGCGGGUCGGAGUCGUUCAAAUUGGUUCCACGGGAAGCGGUAAAAGCACAGCUCUGAAAGUACUGAAAGCUGCAGUGACUGCUCUACGCGAUCGAGUUGCACACCCAGAUACACGUUUCCAGCGCGUGGUUUCGUACACUUUGAAUCCUAAGGCACUUUCGAUGGUUGAAUUGUAUGGCUUCUUCCAUCCCGUUACGCACGAAUGGACAGAUGGAUUAGCGUCGAAGCUGCUGCGAACGUGCAUCAUGGAGAAGAACGAGGAGAUGCUGGCUCGACAUUACGCUAACCAUGCGGUUGGAGUCAAUAGUGAUCCUUCAACAUGGAAUUUGCCAUUCUACUGGAUAAACUUUGAUGGGCCUAUCGAUGUGCACUGGAUUGAGAGCAUGAAUACUGUCCUGGAUGAUAACAUGACGCUGUGCCUGGCAAACGGUGAACGGAUCAAGCUUCUACCAAAGAUUCAGCUUUUGUUUGAGGUGGCAGAUACUAGCGCAGCGUCGCCUGCAACAAUCAGCCGCCUGGGUAUGGUUUACUAUCAUCCCAAGUGCCUUGGGUGGCAACCGUUUGUUGAUACUUGGGUAUCAAAAUUGACUGCUCCCGUGAUACCUCUUCCAACGUCGCCUUCAUCUACCCAUGCGUCAGCUCCAAAGGAAUCCACGGCAUCGACACCGUUAAAUUCCAAGAUCAAGGCGCGAAUUCUCAAAUACUUUGAGCUGUUUGUGGAGGCUGGUUUAUCGUUCGUCCGUCCUUCCGCUUCAUCAAAUACGUCAAUGCGAGUGCCGGUUGCUACAUGUGAUUUAGCUUUCGUCACCUCAGUUUGCCACAUUUUUGAAGCGCUAUUGACUGAGCGAGCACCCCCAGAACUUUUUGCGGCCACCCCACCCGCCAUACGAGGCGGUACCGUGAGCCUUGAAGAUGUACUAACACUGGAUUUAUCAUUGUCGUUGGACGAGCAGCGGAACCGAUGCAUGGACCUAAUGUUUAUAUACAGCUUCGCGUGGUCUAUCGGCGGCAACCUGCAUCUUGACCAGCUCAAGGGGGAAUUUCAGGACUUCCUCUACCGGUUGAUCUGCUCGAACGAGCAAUACUUGAGCCCCGACAUAUUGGCGGUGGACGGCAAAAUUCCAACGCCAGCAGGGUUAUCACAAGCUUCUGGAGAUAUCCACGACUUCUUCAUUAACUUCCAGUACCUAAGCUUCUCGCCGUGGGCGAGCAGUUUGCUGGAACAAGCGCAACAUCAGCAGUCAAGUCGAAUAAUAAGUGGCCGUCUUCUGGUCCCAACUCUAGAAACGCUGAAGUAUCGCUACCUGGUUGAAUUAAUGGCGAUCGAUGCGAGGAGACCCGUGCUACUGACGGGUGCAACAGGGUCCGGGAAGUCUACGCUGGUUAACCACAUCUUAGAUGUGCACGCACGGAUUGCCGCUGACAUCGAUCCGUCUGAUUUUGAUGCCACCUCAUUGCUGUCCGUGAUCGCACACGGAAAAGUGUUUCCGCUUGUAUUGAAUCUAUCCGCGCAGACUUCGAGCGACAGUGCUCAACUAAGUAUCGAAAGCAAGUUCGCGAAAAAGCGUCGGACGCUGCUCGGAGCACCAGUCAACAAGCAGCUCGUCGUAGUCUACGUCGACGACGUCAACAUGCCAAGCGCCGAGCAACAUGGCGCACAGCCAGUUAUUGAGCUCUUGAGACAGUAUUUGGAGUUCGAGGGUUUCUAUGAUCGCGAAAAGUUUUUCUGGAAAGAUGUCAAGGACUCUGUCCUGAUUGCUGCAGGUGGCUUACCAGGUGGAGGUCGUCAACCGCUUUGUCCUCGUUUCGUACGUCACUUCAGCGCCGUCUUCUGCCUUCCAAGCUGCAAUGAAGCAGCACUGAAAACGAUAUUCAAUUCGAUUCUUGCCGCACACAUCGCGGCGUGUGGCGGCAGUGGAGUGUUUGCGAAGAACGUGAAGGAUACGCUAUUGCAGACAGCCGAUGCUACGUGUGAGCUAUUCCAACGUGUUGUACAGGGGCUUCUUCCAACUCCUUCGAAGUGCCAUUACACGUUUAACCUCCGAGAUGUGACCAAGCUUAUGCAAGGAAUUGUACUUGGUACACGAGGGUUUGCCGGAUGCACAAACUACAACAAAUCCGGGGGUACUCCGCCGACGAGCUCGUUGACAGCGAACACAGUGGUGAGUUUGUGGGCACACGAGGGAAUCCGUGUCUUCCGCGACCGUCUUGUGGACGACACGGAUAGAACAUGGUUCUCUGAGCAGCUAGUGGAUAUAGCCAACCGAAACUUCGGUCUGUCCUGGACGAUAAACAAUGUGUUUGUUACGGAAAGCACAAUGGAGAACAACCAGGUGCAUCCUACUGAUGGCGAUGGAAGUCCAGCAAAAUGGAGUAAAACGCGACUACUUUUUUCGCCAAGACGAGUAGACAAGCGGAAGGAAUCAACGACAAGCAGUACGAAUACCGCCAUCAGGUACGAUCAAGUCGGUGAUCUUGGGCGUUAUGAAGCGUUCCUGAACGGUCAAAUCGCAGCGUACAACACGAGCCCGCUUCAAAAUUCGACAUAUCGCCCCGCUCUCGAUCUGGUACUGUUCGAAGACGCGAUGGUGCACACUGCAGCAAUCGCUCGGAUCCUUGUACAACCGCGAGGUCACGCGAUGCUUCUGGGAAUGGGAGGAUGCGGAAAACGCUCUCUCGCAAGACUUGCUGCUUUCAUGACUGGGUAUCGCUGCUUUGAGAUCGAAAUGAAGAAGGACUACAAUAUUGAGGACUUUAGAGAAGACCUGAAGUGUAUGAUGAAGCUUGCUGCGCUAGGAGAGACUGGUGAUGGAUAUAUGAAACCCACGCGAAGUAAAUCUGGUCGAAGUACCCGCACACUGAACGUAAAUAUGAAUGGUGAAGGCUCAAAUUCUGGUAGCGCUGUUCCCACCGUUUUCCUGAUAAACGACUCGCAAUUGGUGUGCGAUGCCUACUUGGAAGACAUCAAUACGAUUCUAAACGGCGGUGAUAUUCCAAAGCUAUUCGCCUCUGACGAACUGGAGAGAAUCAUCAACGAUGUCAGGACAUUACUUGAGCGCAUCGCAAGUGAGCUGAAAGCUUCCCAGUCCGCUCAUGGAGAAGUGACUUCAGACAUGGCUGAUUUUACUCGAAAAGACUGCGAGGACUACUUCCACUCGAUGGUUCAAAACUCGCUUCACUUUGUUAUCUGCAUGAAUCCUCUGGGCGAAGAAUUCCGCGCGCGGGUUCGACAGUUCCCGGCGCUCAUCAACUGCACCACAAUCGACUACUUUGACGAAUGGCCGAAAAGCGCUCUAGAAUACGUUGCCGAGUUUUAUCUGUCUCAAGAGAUGCCUGAAGAUCGAUUUCAAGGAAUUCCUGUAUUGAGCAGGGGAUCAAGCACCCCCGACCUGUCAAGCUCUCCGGUCAUCCGAUCAGCAUUGACUUCACUGUGCGUUGAAGCCCAUCAAUCCAUUAGCGCGGUGCUCCCAACCUUCUUUGCCGACUGCCGAAGACGGGUCUACAUCACGUCACAGCACUAUCUCGACUUGAUCUCUCUGUUUCGCCGUAUUUAUCAAGAGAAGAAAGCCGGGUGGGAAACUAAACUGCAGCGGUUGAUGGCUGGAGUCAUUAAGCUCGAGGAAACCAACUCCCUCGUCACUACGCUGCAAGAUGAGCUGGUCACUCUUCAGCCAGUUCUCACGAGCAAGACGAAGGAAGCGGAAGAGCUGCUGGCUCAAGUCGCCAUCGACCAAGUGGAAGCGGAGCAGGUCGCAAAGCGAGUAGGAGCGGAUGAGGCGGUUGUGAAGGAGCAGCAGCAAGAAGUCGCAGCGUGUCAAGCGGAUGCACAACGCGAUCUUGACCAGGCUCUGCCAGCUCUCAACGCUGCCGUAGCAGCUCUCGAUUCGUUGGACAAGAAGGACAUUACAGAGGUCAAGGGGUUUGUAAAGCCGCCACAGGCUGUGCAAGUCGUGAUGGAGGCUGUGUGCAUCAUGCUGGGUGAAAAGGCCGACUGGGACAACAGUAAACGGAUUCUAUCACGAUCAACGUUCAUGUCGGAGCUCAAAGAGUACGACAAGGAUAAUAUCCCUGCGGCGAUCCUGAAGAAGAUCCGAAAGUAUAUUGAGAAUCCAGACUUUGCUGUCGAAGAAGUUAAGAAAGUUUCGUGCGCUGCGAUGUCCCUGUGCAUGUGGGUGCACGCCAUUGACACGUACGCCCGCGUGUUUCGAGAAGUAGCCCCUAAACGUCAGCGGCUGGCUGAGAUGAACCUGGUCCUCGAGAGCGCCAAUGCAAAGCUGGCAACAAAGCAGCAAGAAUUGUUAAAUGUCUUGGAAAAAGUGCGUAAGCUGAAGGAAAAGUGUGACGCAACGUUGGCUGAGAAGCAGCGGCUUCUGGAGGAAUCCGACUUGACCCAGCAACGGUUGAAGAAUGCUGAGAAGUUGACCGUGGGUCUUCACGAUGAGCGCAUUCGUUGGAAGGGCAGUAUCAAGCUACUGAAGCAAGAAGGAAAUGCGAUUCUAGGUGACUCAUUCCUCACUGCAGCAUGCAUGUCGUAUCUCGGACCUUUCGACGGCUUGUAUCGAGGCAAGUUGCUGCAGCGGUGGACAGAGCGCACGAUUGGUUCAAUCGGUGCGUCGGACUCGUUUGUGCUUGCUACCGCUUACGGAGAUGUUCGAGAAUUGCGUGAGUGGCAGCUACUUGGCUUGCCAAGCGACAGUUUCUCGACAGAUAACGCCAUUUGUGUUUUGAAGAGUAAGCAACGUUGGCCUUUGAUGAUCGAUACGCAGCAACAAGCAAUCCAGUGGAUAAAGCGGUUAGAGGCUCCUUAUCACUUAGAGACUGUGAAGAGCGACGAUAGCAGCUUGAUGCAAGUGGUCGAGGAAUGCUUGGUGGGAGGAAAACCGUUGCUGAUCGAAGACGUGACUGAGAUCUUGGACCCGUCAUUGGAGCCUGUUCUUGCGGUGACGCCAGCUCAGCGCUCGAGUCAUAACACUAAAAUGUUCAACAGAGUGAAGGUAAAGCUUGAGGAGCGGAUGGUGGAGACAGACGUUGAGCGCUUCCGUCUGUAUCUCACGACCAAACUGGCCAAUCCACACUUUAUGCCCGACGUGUUUAUCAAAGUAAACGUGGUGAAUUUCACAGUGACGCGAGAUGGACUAGAAGAGCAGCUACUAAGUGACGUUGUGCUGCGAGAACGCAUUGAGGUGGAGGAGCGCAAACACACGCUACUAGCAAGUAUCGCGCGCGACCAACAGCAGCUUCAGGAUAUCGAAAUCAAGAUUCUGAACCUGUUGUCCGAUGCGAAAGGCAACAUCCUAGAUGACAUUGAGCUCAUUCAAGCGCUCGAGACGUCCAAACAGACGUCGAAUGUGGUGGCACAGCGCCUGACCGAGUCCGAGGCCACAAAGUUCGAAGUGCUGGAGAUACGCAACCAGUACCAUUCUGUAGCUGUUCGUGGGGCUAUACUUUUCUUCGUGAUCGCUGACUUGGUGGAGGUAGACCCGAUGUAUCAAUACUCACUGGAGUAUUUCACUCGGCUGUUCAAUCUGAGCUUGAACGAGGCGCCAGCAAAGAGGAACCUCUCCGAGCGGCUGGAUAGUCUCAAGCGCUACAUGACUCUGGCUGUCUACCGGAACAUUUGUCGCGGACUGUUUAAAGCACACAAGACGCUCUUUGCCUUCGUCAUAUGCGUCAGGAUUCUCAUUAACGCCGGUGACCUCAAUCCUCUCCAUGUCCGUUUACUUGACCAGUCCGUCGUCAAUCCAGAAAUGGUUUCGGCUACAGCAACAGAGCAGACAAGCUCCAGGCGCACCACGAACGCAGCAAUAAUGGGAAACCUGAGCGAUCUAAGAGAAGCGAAGGGGAGGUCAAGCGCAGCUGACGCUGCAUUUGUUGCUCUGUCCAGAAGUCUACCCGUUUUCACCAAGCUAUUGGAAUCGUACUAUUGCGACCAUGAUGCUUGGUGCAGCUGGAUCGCUAGUGGAAACCCGUUUGUUUCGCGCCUGCCGGGGGACUGGGACACAAACUUGCCGCGGUUCUUGCGGCUUGUGAUCAUUCGUUGGCUGCGUGAGGACGCGUUUACGAUGGCAGUGCGUUGUUUCGUCAAAGAAACCCUCGGCAAGGAAUUUCUUGCGGAAGUGAACAGCGACGUGUCAAUGAGCGAUGUGUACUGCGAUGUGGACAAGUCAACCCCCUGUCUGUUUAUCUUGUCUCCAGGCGCUGAUCCAAUCUCAGCUCUCGAACGGUACGCACGUGAAAAGGGUAUUGGAGAAGACAGGUACCAUGUCAUCUCUCUCGGACAAGGCCAAGGCCCCAUUGUUGAGCUGAAGAUGGAGGAGUGCAAGCAGCAAGGCUUUUGGCUUGUGCUCCAAAACGUGCACCUAGCGAAGUCGUGGCUUCCGAAGCUGCAGUCGCAACUUGCUGUCCUAAAGCAGGAGGUACGCAGUGGCGGUGUCCACGAAGACUUCCGCCUCUUCUUGGCCUCGUUCCCCGUGACGUACUUCCCCAUUUCGAUCCUCCAAAACAGUGUCAAGGUCAUGACGGAGUCACCAAUGGGGGUAAAGGCUAACCUGCAGCGCUCCAUGCUGCUGAUCAAGCAGCUGAAUGCCGAUCUGGACAGUCGCAGUGCCUUGGUGGUGACUUCUACGAACAAGACGAUGAAGCUGCGCCUUGCAUUUGGUCUGAGCUUUUUCCACGCAGUUGUACGCGAGCGCUCCAAGUUUGGGACACUCGGCUGGAAUCUCAAGUAUGACUUUAGUGACGCCGACUUUGUGAGCGUAGUGACACUCCAGCGGAGACUUCUCGAUGCUGUGGCUGCAGCAUUCGACAACAGAGAUAAUACUGGUGUUCUUAGCCGGGAAAACACUGGACUAGGGCUCGACCCCGUUGAUCAAAGCAGUACUGAAGAUGAAGAUGCGGACGCAAUGACGCAAGUUCCGUGGGAUGCUUUGCUGUUCCUGGCGGGGGAGAUAUAUUACGGUGGACGUGUUACUGACGAAUUCGAUCGACGGUGUCUGAUGGCGGUAUUGAGGCGAUUCUGUUCCAAGGCGUGCUUCAGUGCUGAGCCGCGCAGUAUCCGCCGCGAGUCGAUAUCGAUUCAUGGAUUAACUACAGCCAUUUUGAAGAGGAAAAGCUCCUCGACACUGCAGAAAAGUGUGUUUUCAAUACUCGACGACAGCUUUUUCGCUCCCGAAUUUCAAAGUGAAGAGGAAAUGGUUCAGUUCGUUGAUGCACUGCCAGAUAUGGAUGGGCCUGACGUGUUUGGGAUGCACCCGAAUGCACACAUUUCCUAUCAAAGGCAAGUUGGGCAAGAGUUUGUGAAACUGGUUCUUCAAUUGCAGCCGCACACAAACAUCGUUGACACUUCUACAGAAGACGCUGCCGCGAAGAACUCAGAGAACGAGGUCUCGGAUUCUAAAGUCACAGUUGGGAACCACCAGGUCGAGCUCACUGCCUUGGAGGUAUGCGACGAGAUCCAAGAGCAGCUUCCGCCUCGCUCUACGAUAGAAAACGCGGAGUCUUUCUUGUCAAAGCGGCAGUCAGAGAAGUCCCAAGACCCACUCUUCGUUGUGUUAGAGCAAGAAGUGGUGACGUGCCACAAACUCUUGAGCCAUAUCAAUCAUCGUUUGGGAGAGGUUCGACACGCCAUUCAAGGUAUUGCCGUGAUGUCCGUGAAGAUCGAGCAAACGCUACACAGCCUCGCACAGCACCAGGUACCGGCUGACUGGAUCGCUCAUGAUGCGCACUCCAUGCCAACGACCCAAUCGCUAUCACAGUGGGUAACGAGUCUGCUCUUCAGGUGUGAGUUCCUGCAUCGUUGGGCUGAGCGUGGUCGACCACCACAUAAUUCGUUCCCACUAUCCGUCUUCUCGUUCCCACAGGGACUAUUUACUGCAAUUCUGCAACGCCAUGCGAGGAAACAUUCGAUCCCGAUCCAUUUCCUGGACUUCCAGUUCCGCCUGAGCGUCGACGGUGUGGUGGAAGGCAACGAUGAAGGCGCGUAUCUAACUGGAUUGAUGCUUGAAGGUGCGCACUGGAAUGGCGAGCUUCGUUGUCUUUGUCGGCCCCAGCAUGGCAUCAUGCGGCAGACCAUGCCAGCUGUACAUGUUCUACCUCAUCGGAGUGCUGGGAUGGGUGGUAAUGCGCUAACCGCGCCAGGAAGGCCAGCUUCAAAUGCUGAUCUCGAAUCUGGUGCUGUAUCCAAACCAACUGCUCGACUCAAGGAAUCUUCAAAGAGACUGGAUCCAGGAAUAGGUGAAUCGCGGUCAUCGUCAGACAUGCUGAUGACUGGAAGUAUGAACAACCUCAACUCGUAUUCGUGCCCAGUGUAUCGCACUGCACUGCGAAAAGGGACGCUGUCAACCACUGGCACAUCGACGAAUCUGGUGCUGGCGAUGGAUCUACCUUGCCAUGGAGACCCUGACUAUUUUGUACUAAACGGCACGGCACUUGUAUGUACUGCGAUGCUGGAGUAG